GUGUAUAUAUACAUAUAUAUCAAAAUAAACGCAGAGUAGCGCUGUCAAGCUUCCUUCGACAAAAAUAGAAACCGCAUCGAUAUUGGGGCUCGCAAAAUGUCUAGCGCGAAGAUAAUAAAGAAUCCAGAAGUACCCGGAUUAGAAUGCUUCUUACCUCCGCCCCCACCACCCCCACCUCCUAUAACUUCAUCGACAAACGCCGUGUCGACGACUAGUGGUAUACAAAAUCAACAACAUCGGGAACAACAAAAACCAAUAGUAGAAACAACGAUAACGACAACGACGUUAACAACGGCUACAACGGAAACGAUAACGAGCUCGACAGCGACAAAUCCGAAUACGAUACAAACGGCUCUUCCAAAUUUAGCGGUGCCAACUCCGUAUAUUCUGCACCCUACGAUGCAACCGCAAACACCGACACAACAGCCUAUACCAUGGUGGAUUUCUACGGAGGCGGAUACCUCGGCAGAUAUGUAUGCACAAUGGUACGAUACGUCGUACAAAGCUGGAUCAGCUGCUAAUACGGUCGUUCAAGUAUCGGCGGUCCAGCCAUCAUCAAAACCGAAGAAUAAGUAUUAUAAGCGUAAGAACGAGUUCAUCGAUCCUGCUCAAGAUGCAGAAAAAGUUGCCAGUGCCCAGAGGGAGUUGUCAGCGCUGAUGAAGCCGCUCAAGUGCGAUCUCUGCAACGCGGUGAUGAACUCUACCCUGCAAGCGAAAUUGCAUUACGACGGUAAGCCUCAUCAGAAGAAGGUUUCCAUGUUUUUGAAUCAAAGCGUGAAAAAACAGAAGUCGGAAGACGGCCAAGUCAGUAGUACGACCGAUUGGCAAAAUCGGUGCGACAUUUGUAAAACCUGGUUUUCGUCGCAAAUCGAAGCGUCACAACAUUACGCCGGGAAGAAACAUAUAAGAGCAGCCCACGGCGGUCCUCGUUCGAGGCCGAAAAAGUCGCAGAAUCAAAACCAGUACAACCACAUAGACUCGACUGGUCGAUACGGAAUAGGCAUGGCUUUUCAACAGGACGUGCAAGUGCCAGGAACAUCAGCCGUGGUAUCUGACGGUAACAUCAUGGUGUCACCGCAAGGAACCACGACUCCCAUUUACACACCCCCAGCAUAUCCCACUCCGCUUCGAUGUGAUCUCUGUGGUGUCUCCGCGAAUCGCCAGGAUCAACUAGAAACACACAAGCGUGGUGCCAGACACAUGAGAAUGCUUAGACUCAACGGAUUACCCAUUCCUGAACUACUUUCUGAAAAUGAAAAUGCUUCGAGUUCGUCAGGUCCCAUAGAUUAUUCCAUUUACAGAACGCCCUCGGGUCAAUAUUAUUGUGCACCGUGUAAUCUGUCUUUGAACUCAGAGAGCACGUUCGCUCAGCACGUCGAGAGUAAGAAGCACAAAAACCAAUCGAAUCCCAAAUCGCCAUUGAAUGCCGCGGUGAUAUCGAAGAAAGCAAGAUUUAAGAAGAAAUAAAUUAACGUAGAGCGUAAUCGUUAUUCCUUCGUUUAGACCGUAUUUUUCCGUUUAUGUUUGAUUUUUAUUUCAACAGAUAUCGACAAUCGUUAUAUCGAAGAAGUUCGAUGUGCGUCAUCGAUCUUCUUUUUAACGUGCAAAAUGAACAUAACAAUAAACUUUUGACGUCUGGACGUAAAAGAAGAGAAUGCGUUAAAAAGCGAAAUUUUACGAUCGUUUUUUCUUUUUUCUUUUUUUUUUCUAUCUUAAUUAAAUGUUCGUGGCGAAUCUUCGUAUACGUCGGUGAUAAUGUCUGUGCGGAUAUUAGGAAUUAAACUAAAGACAGUCGUUUGCCGUCGUCUAGGCCGAUGAUGAGAAAAUUAAGUACGUUAUGUCGGACGGGUGGGGUGGUACGAAGGGGGUUCCAUAUUUUAAAUGAAAUACCGAUUAACUUUAAAUUAAAUUCGCGCUAACUCGAGCGGAUACUUAGUCGAGCCGACAGAGUUAGUUACAAUUUCUCUCGGAAGUCGCUUGCAAACGAUAAUCAUCGUUUAUCAGUAUUUAUUCGAUUACGAAACUAUUAACGCGCGGUUCGAGUAAAAUGUAUUCUCAUUCUCGCGUUCAAGAGGAUUCGCGAAAUCGAAUCGUCGUAAGCCAUCCGUCGCGUUACGCGCCUCUUUCUCCCAAGCGUACCGUGUCAUGGCCUAUACGUGAAAUUUAUGCGUCGCUCGUUCCUCUACCUUCCGUAGAGAAUUUAUGACCGCUAGCAAACGAGCCUAACAUCGAAACCUCUUGGGUCUAUUAAUUACCUGCUAAGGUAACGCUUAUGACGUAUCAACCGUUUACCAGUAUCUUUUUUACCGUCACUUCCGUACGAUGAAUAUAUGAUCGAAAGACCGGUAAACAUAAAUAGAGAAUACUACUGUGUCAGACACGACGAAUCAGAACCGAAUUUACGAGCAGGUAAAUUUACGAUGAAUAAAAGCUCGACUCGCGCGAUUCCUGGAUAUAUUCGGAGUGAAACGAUACAGCGAAGAUCGUCUCGACAUUUCUUCCCGAAGUCGCUUUUCUUACUUUUUCUUCUUCUUCUUCUGCUUCUUCUGCAUCUUUUUCCUCUUUUUUUUUUCUCUAUUCGUCCUGGUCGGUACAAGCGUCGAUUUUUCUAAACGAAUUCAAAAGAAUUCGCUUGGCAAUUUGGCGAAGCAAGGGGUUAUUUUCUUUCGGAGUUUAUUUUUUGUUUUUCCGCCUUUGGCUCUCUUACUCUUCCUUGAGCGACUAAAAGAAAGAUAGAAAGAGAGAUUAGGAUCGUUCUCGCACGAACUUGUAGAUUGUUGCUUUAUACCUGCGCUUCGGAUUUUUAUGACCUCCCUGGUUCCACGUUUAGCGUGUUUUCUUCUUUUUAUUCCCUUCUUCAUCCUCCCACUCUAUCUUCUCUCUUUCUCUCUCUGUUUGUCUGUCCACGACAUCUACAAAAAAUCCCUUUUCCAUCUUCUCGUCUACCGCGAGCCAGUAUCCAGGGGUGCCACUCUUUCUUCCACGUUUUGUUUUCUGACCCGAUGCUUUAUGAAGCCUAAGAGUAUGAGACCGCGUUGCGUUACAUUGUAGCUUUGAGAUUUAAGAGAACUCCUUUCAAAAGAGGAAUAGAAGAGAGAGAGAGAGAAAGAGAGAGAGAAAGAGAGAGAAAGAAAAUAAAAAAAAUGAAAAAAGAAAAAGAAAAAUAUCGUCGAGAGAAAGUCGUUGUUUUGUAUUCGAGUCACCAAUACCAAUAUCAUCUACAUCAGCGAUCUUUGGGCGUAAAUUAUUGUGGAAUACAUAAAAAGGUCACGGAUAUGUAUAAGCAUAGGAUGCUUAUGGUCGUAGAAUUCUACGAACGUGACGGCGGGAUGAAAAACACGCGAAUAAAUGUAAAACGUUUUACGUCGAUUUUCUUCCCCCACCUCCUCUCCCUAUUUUAAUGUCUUAUAUCGGACAAGACAAAAAGUGAGAGAAAUGAGAAGAUAUUAAUUAAAGACUCACACUGAUUACGUUUCCGCGAUGAAAUCGACGUCUCGUAUGCGUAACCAAGACGAUGUUAAUUCGGGGACGUCUAGAAAGAAUGAGCAAGAUAGAUAGAUAGAUAGAUAAAGAGAAAGAGAAAGAAACAGAGAGGCAACUCAACAAAAAAGAUUGCUCUCAAUCUGUCACGCGAUGGAUAGUAAUGCGCGUAAAAAGCCAUUAAUCGGAGCGGCAAGGUUCGCUUCGAAUAUCGGUGGAAUUCGUAGUCAAUGACUGGAGAGAAUUUCUCAAGAGUAAGAUCAGGAGGAGGAGGAGGAAGAGGAUAAAGAGGAAGAGGGAAAAGGAAAGGAUGGAGAUUUUGAAGAGGCUGCUAGUCGACUCGUUUCCACCUGCGAGAUGAUGCCGUGACGAAAAAAUCAAUCGAUCGAUUCCUCUCUCUUCUUUCCCCUCUCUCUCUCUCCCUCCCUCCCUCCCUCUCUUUUUCUCUCCUUCUACUUUACAAUGAUGAACCCAUAUCCAAGGUUUCUCUUGAUCUUUUCUUACAAAAAUCACAAAAAACAUUCUGAAGUCCAUGCAUCCAAAAGGAUCAUCGUAAAGAAGAUCUUCUUUGGCAUUUACUUAAGUAUUCUAUUAAGAAAAUCUGGUUCAUGAUCAAUACAUGCGAUCUAUGUAUACAAUUUAACUUGUUCUGGAUAUGCGAUACCAACGAGCGAUUGGUUCCGCUAUGUGGACUAAUAAUGAUUAUCGAUUCACCGUUUAAUCCAAUGAUCUUGUUUCUUCUUUCGUUUUUCAUCGAAUGGCACCCGGAAACGUUUAAAAGCAUCCGCUUUUAAUCGAUUAAAAAAGAAUUUUUCAAAUGAUAUAUUUCCCGCGAUUAUGUUCAUGAUCCUGUUUUUAAAACAUGACGUUUAUAAAAAAAGACGUUUUUUAAUUAUUGUUAUUUCAAUACUUCGUAGUUUCAAGAUUUGUCUGUAGUUUCAGACAUCCAUUAUUAAUUAUAUAAUAUUUGAGAUAUAGUAAUUUUUUAAAAAAAGAAAAUGAAAACGAUUGAUGAAUAGACUUUUUAAUGUUCCUUUUUUUUAUAUAUAUAUUUAUAUAACUCAAUAAUCGAUGAAUCAAUUUUUAAUUCUUUGACAAUUAAUAUCACCACAGAUUUACAUAUUAUACAUAUUCGAGAAAUUACAAUUAUUUAAUAAAGAAAAUUAGAAAGAGCGAACCUUUUAAUAGAUUCGUAUACGAAUAGAUAUAAAACUAGCAAUGAAGAGAAAAGAAAUAAAGAAAAAAAAAGAGAGAGAGAGAAAUCGUAUUGUGGAAUCAAAACGAGCUCAAGCAGAAGUCACUAAAAUAGGUACUCACAAGCUCAAACGAAUCAUUAUGGUUUUCGUUUGGUCGUUCGCGAACGCGAGCGAGAGAGCGCGCGAGCGCUCGCUUCUAAUUUCGCUAACAAACGACUAACCGAGUUAGCGCGGGAACGUUAUAAACGGGUAUAAAACGGGGGAACGAACAGCGGCAGCGGCCUCUUUUGUCUCGUGAAUUCCAUUGUCCUGAUGAGAGAGAGAGAGAGAGAGAGAGAGAGAGAGAGAGAGAAAGGAAGAUAGAGAGAUAGAACAGAAAAGACAAAGUUCGUUCGAAAUAGCAGCACACAACGGGUUUGUUUUUCUUUUUUCUUUUCUUCAUUUCUUUUUUCUUUUGCUUUCUUUUUUUUUUCUUUUUAUACGCUGACGAACAGUACUCUCGACAAAUUCGUACAAUUAUUUCUCGAUUAGAGCGAAUCGACGUGCUGAAGAUGAGAUUAGCUCGGCCGGUUGUAUCAACGAACAAAAGAAAGAAAGAGAGAGGGAGAGAGAGAGAGAGAGAAAGAGAAAGAAAGAGAGAGAGAGAGAGAAACCGCGUAAGCCCUCGUGUUCUGCGAGCCAGCUAAUUGCGGAAGUUUCCUGGACAAUUUCGGUAUUAAUAAAGUUUUUUACGCCUCAUCUCGACAAGAGAAUGAGCGAAAGUAGAGAGAAAUAGAGAAAUAGAGAGAGAGAGAGAGAGAGAGAGAAAGAGAGAGAGAGAGAGAGAGAGAGAGAGAGAGAGAGAGAGAGAGAGAGAGAGUAAAAAAAACCUUCUCUUGAUUUCGUCUGAUAUUGUCGCCGUUUUUGUGAAGACUUCCCGAAAAAACACGGACUGUUUAGUUUUAAGCCACGCCAAGCGGAAAUAUUAUUAUCUCGUAUAUACGAGCCUGUACACAUAACAUAUAUAUAUGCAUACAUGCAGAUACACGGAACACAUAAGUAUUUGAAUACA